AUGAGCAGAGGAAACGAGGUGUGCAGUAAAAGUGCCUUGCACGGGCCUUAUUGGGCAGCCCUGAACAACGAUUGGAAAUCUCUGAAGGACUUCUACACGAAGAAUGUUAAUUCGUUAUCACUUCCUGUAACGGCCUCCAGGGACAAUGGCUUUCACUUGGCGGUGUUCAGCAAAAGUAAAGAUCCGCUUCAAUUUUUACUUAGAAUUUCCGAAGAACAUCCUAUGGUGAAGUACGGCUAUUUAGAAAAAAAUGGCUACGGGAACACGCCUCUUCAUGAGGCUGCAGCAAAUGGGAACCGGGAGGCCGUAGAGGCUUUGGUCUUUCAUCAUCGAGGCUCAUUGCGCGAGAUAUUGAAUAUCCACGAGUGGAAGAGCUCCAAGAGGCUAUUAAUAUACCAAGAAAAAGGAGGAACGACUAAAGAAGAAUAUUCUAGGCUUGAAAAUAUUCACCGCCAAAACAUACGCUUCAUUGAGGUAAAGCCGAAACCCAAAGCCUCCAAUGAGCAGCCUGGUGCCAUUCAAGGUGAAAUGAUAUCAGAGCCAGAGCCAGAGCCUGAAACGGCUCUAUAUUUACUGAAGAUGGAUGAAUCGUUAGCAGCACUCAAGAACCUAGAUGGCCGGACCUCUCUUUACCUACUGGCAACCAUGCCCUCAGCUUUCGAAAGUGGAUAUCAUUGGGACGCAUGGAUCCACAGAGUCAUAUAUUCCUGCCUUCCAAUCGGUGAUGAUGCAGAUGAUGAUGAAAAAGCCACUACAAAAAUUUCCAAAAGGUGGCUUAAAUACCUGGAAAAAAUCUGUGCACUAGUAAGGAGUGACACCUUGGAAGAAAAGAGAAAGCAUAAACUUGCUUUCAAACUAGCGGAGACACUGAUAAAAAAGGAUUCUUCUUGGGAUGAAAUCAUUAAUAGGCUAGUGGUUCCAGAGUUUCCGUUUGAUAAAGAUCAGUCUUCAAAAGUCGAUUAUGAGCCAAUCCCGUUAUUGCUGGCGACUGAAAAAGGAAUAGUAGAAAUUGUGAACAAGAUACUAGAAAUAUGUCCCCAGCUAGUUGAGCAUUGCAAUGAUCUGGGUCAGAACAUACUGCAUGUGGCAAUUAAGCACCGUCAAUAUGAAAUCUUCAAUCAUGUGAAAAAUAUGGAAAUACCAAUGACAAGGUUAGUCCGAAAGGUUGACAAAAAUGGCUACACCAUUUUACACCAUGCCGCAGACAUGAAGCCAGGGACCACAAAGCGUCACCCAGAAGGACCUGUAUACCAACUUCAGGAAGAGAUAAAGUGGUACAAACGUGUAAAGGGGAUCACGCCCGCCCACUACGCCAUGUUUCGCAGCAAGGACGCAAACAAGACUUGCGAAGAGCUAUUCAAUUCGAAGCACAAUAAACUACUCGGGCAAGCACAGACUUGGCUAGAAGGCGCUUCUCAGUCUUGCUCUGCAGUGGCUGUUCUCGUUGCUACAGCGGUCUUUGCAGCUGCGUACACUGUGCCUGGAGGUUCUAAUGAACAGGGGUAUCCAAUUUUCCUCAACAGCACUCUCUUCUUGCUUUUCACAGUCAUGGACGUUAUUGCUUUGGCCUGCUCCUUAACCUCCGUUGUAAUGUUCUUAUCCAUCCUUGCAUCGCCUUACACGUAUGAUGAAUUCCUCCACAAACUCCCUAGAAAACUCGCAAUAGGCUUCUCCUUGCUCUUCAUUUCAUUGGCUACAACAAUGAUUGCAUUCGCAGCUACAUUAUUGCUCAUAGUUCGUUUGGAAAAGCCACAUUGGGCCACCACUCUCAUUUAUACUGCUGCAUUUCUUCCUAAUUGGCGUGUCACAAAGUCUCCAAUUCCCAAGAAGUCAGCUUCCAGACAGGGUUCCUUUGCAGACCAAGCAGCUCCUAAACAAACCGAAUCGCACACAAAGCAGCUUGAGAACAAGGGUAAAUUGUCUGAGGAGAGUGUUAAUGAUAAUAAGCCCAAGCUCCCAGUCUGA